UUUUUUUUUUUCCCUCCUCCUCUCCCUUUUCUCUCCCCCCCCCCACCAGCCCGUUUCACCGGUGCCAGACAAACAAGCGCCUUCCCCCCACUCCAAGAAAGCAUCUCUUUUUUUUGGUGGGGGGUGGGAGCGGACCGAUCUCGCAGAUUAGCCUGAAAUUUCGGAGGACGGAAGAAAAGCGAAAGAAGCGGGACGAGCCCCUUCCUCCUCCUCCUCCUCCCCCUCCCUGCUCCCCCCACCCCGAAGGGAGAAGCCAGUUAUCCUUCUAGCAGCGGCGGCGGCAGCAAACAUGAUGGCGGCAGCUCCCAUCCAGCAGAACGGGACCCAUCCUGGGGUACCCAUAGACCUGGACCCGCCGGACUCUCGGAAAAGACCACUUGAAGCUCCCCCUGAAGCCGGCAGCACCAAAAGGACCAACACGGGCGAGGACGGCCAAUAUUUUCUAAAGGUCCUCAUACCUAGUUAUGCGGCUGGAUCUAUAAUUGGUAAGGGAGGACAGACAAUUGUUCAGUUGCAGAAAGAGACUGGGGCUACCAUCAAGCUUUCUAAAUCCAAAGACUUUUACCCAGGUACGACAGAGCGGGUGUGUUUGAUCCAGGGAACAGUGGAAGCACUAAAUGCUGUGCAUGGCUUCAUUGCUGAAAAGAUACGAGAAAUGCCUCAAAAUGUGGCCAAGACAGAACCAGUUAGUAUUCUGCAGCCUCAGACAACAGUCAAUCCGGACCGCAUCAAACAAACAUUGCCAUCAUCCCCAACUACCACCAAGUCCUCUCCAUCUGAUCCCAUGACCACCUCCAGAGCUAAUCAGGUAAAGAUAAUAGUUCCCAACAGCACAGCGGGUCUGAUAAUAGGGAAGGGAGGUGCUACAGUCAAGGCUAUAAUGGAGCAGUCAGGGGCUUGGGUGCAGCUUUCCCAGAAACCUGAUGGGAUCAACUUACAAGAGAGGGUUGUUACUGUAAGCGGAGAACCUGAACAAAACCGAAAAGCUGUUGAACUUAUCAUCCAGAAGAUACAAGAGGAUCCACAGAGUGGCAGCUGUCUCAAUAUCAGUUAUGCUAAUGUUACAGGUCCAGUGGCCAAUUCCAAUCCAACGGGAUCACCUUAUGCAAACACUGCUGAAGUACUACCAACAGCUGCAGCUGCGGCAGGGCUCUUAGGACAUGCAAACCUUGCUGGAGUUGCAGCCUUUCCAGCAGUUUUAUCUGGCUUCACAGGCAAUGACCUGGUGGCCAUCACCUCUGCACUUAACACCUUAGCCAGCUAUGGAUAUAAUCUUAAUACUUUAGGGUUAGGUCUAAGUCAGGCAGCAGCUACUGGGGCUUUGGCUGCAGCAGCUGCCAGUGCCAAUCCAGCAGCAGCAGCAGCCAAUUUGUUGGCCACCUAUGCGAGUGAAGCCUCAGCCAGUGGCAGUACAGCUGGUGGUACGGCGGGGACAUUUGCAUUAGGUAGCCUGGCUGCUGCUACUGCUGCAACCAAUGGAUAUUUUGGAGCUGCUUCUCCUCUAGCUGCCAGCGCCAUUCUAGGAACAGAAAAAUCCACAGAUGGCUCAAAGGAUGUAGUUGAAAUAGCAGUGCCAGAAAACUUAGUUGGUGCAAUACUUGGAAAAGGAGGGAAAACAUUAGUAGAAUACCAAGAGUUGACUGGUGCAAGGAUACAGAUCUCCAAAAAAGGAGAAUUCGUUCCUGGCACAAGGAAUCGGAAGGUAACUAUUACUGGAACACCAGCUGCAACCCAGGCCGCACAGUAUUUAAUAACACAACGGAUCACGUAUGAGCAAGGAGUUCGGGCUGCCAAUCCACAGAAAGUGGGUUGAUCAUGCUAAACGUGAGAUUGUUUUAAACCCCUCCUUACCUUAUUUUCAAGAAGGAUGUACUGUACUUUGCAGAAGUGAAGUUUUUUUCUGUUAUUAAUAUAUAAUUAUGCAAAUGAAUGCGACUAUGUUGACAAUGUGUAUAUGUAAAUAUAAUGUGUUUUACCAGAUGUUUCAUAGAAAAAAAAUUUCUUGACCUGUUUUGUUCUCUAUACUUUGCUUGUGUAUAUUUGUCAGAGGUGUUUCUAGUGUAAGAUUUAAGCCUGCCAUUUUACCAGCAUUAUUGUAGUUUAAUGAUUGAAUGUAGAGAGGGAAAUGCGUAAAGUUUUCAGUAUUAGUUCUAGCUAACACUAAAUUAACUACUGUUAGGUUGGGUAUGGUGGGGUCAGUGACCUAAAAUGGAGUGAGGCCAAAGCACUGUCAUGUCAGUCUUACUUCCUGCUUAGGGCACAGUGAAGUAGGAAAAAAAUAUUUUGAAACUAAGUUUUAAAAUUUAAAAUUAUCAAAAAGCAAUAUAGUUGCAUAAAAGCACUGUAAAAUAUUUAAAAGGUUAAAACUGUGGAAAAUUAUAUUGGUAAGUUUACAGAUCAAUAAAAAGCACCUGUUCUCCAUCUGAACUAGACAAUGGAAAUAAUGCUGCAUGCUGGCCAUGGCCCAUUCUUCACCAUUUGUAAGUUCAACAAAAGUUCUCACAUGGAGUCCCACCUCUACCUGAGGUUUGUACAUUUGUUUUUAAGCACUGAAAUCACUACUGAUCCCAUUGCCUGGCCAGUAGAACAGUCAUUACUCCAUUAACAUCCUCACUGUUUAGACACAUAACUGUGGUACAGUGUAUUGGAAAUUUUAUAAACAAAAAAGUGGAAGUGCCAACAAAUUAUUGAUAGCUGAUAAUGUUUCAUUAUCUGCAACUGCUUGAAAAGUAUGUUGCAUUUUAAGAGCUUAUAAUUGUGUAUAAUUUGUUAACACUAGAAACCUAUUAGUAUUGUGAAUGUAGAUUUUACUGUGAAGCUAUCUGUGAUUUAGCUGUUUUGCUCCCAUGAUGGAGUCUUUGCAGCAUGGCGCUAGCAGCCAAUGCAGUUUCUGAUACUCAGUAAUUUGCAUGUUUUGUGGAACAUUUUUAUGUCACCAAUCAGACAGUAUUUCCUGCAUGCUUAUUUAGAAGAGGCAGUUUAUCUUGAGAGGUAGUGUGGCCUACCAUUGUCAGGCUUUUUGACAGGUCAUUUCAGACUAAGUCUUUGUUUCCAAGACCCUACAACUGUCACCCUCUUCUGUACCUCUCCUGAGUGCCAACUGCCCAGGCCAUUGACCCACCAUCUGUUAACCUCUGAGUUUGCCCACUCAAGGCCACUCAUAGGGGCAUCCAUAACCAAGCACGUCCUCAUGCUGUGCAUGCAGUCUUAAAUUCAAUGGACAAAAAUAAAAUGCUGGCUACCUCUGGAUCAUCUGGCUGAGCAACUGAAUUUCAAAAGAGAAUUACUUCCAUCUCAACUUCAACCCAUUGAUUACGUCCAUCCUAGCAAGCUAAAUGGCAUCCCAGCUGCUCCUUUCUGUGCAACCAAUUAAAGAACAAUGAGUGUGAUGCUCCAUGUCUGAAUUUCGUCCAGCCUCUCUCUGAACUGUGAUCUUUGUCCUCAUGAACUUUCCCUUUUGUUCAUUGAACUAUAUGGACUCUUCAUUUCAUAUUGAUUUACUGUGCAAUUUACUUUUGGACAUUGAGAACUUGAAAUAAUUCCCUGAUCCUUCCCUUCCCCAUUCCCCCCACUCCUUCACUAUUAAUAACUCAUUUCUGUCAAACUGUAAGAGUAGAGUCAUUUUUAUUUUCAUUUUAGUUUUUAACAUAGGAUUGUUAUUUCAUUUAGUUCUCGGUCUCUAAAUAUUUAUUUAGAGAAUUAUUAAAAAGGGAAUGAUAUGCUUGUUUAAAAUGAAAGAGAAAAGCUGUAGUAAACUGUGUUACUUGGUAAUGACUAUUUAUCGUCGAUACUCUGUAGCUGUGUAAGUUUUGACAAAUAGUGUAUCUCGUGAAAUCAGUGGUUAGCAUUGCCGCUAUUAUAUUUACUCAUUUUAUCAUUAUAAAUGUGCUUAGUUCAUCAUGUAGCAUCACUUGUCUCCCGUCUCAUUUUUUCCUUGCAUGUCACAAGUCUCAGACCAUUUAUAAUACAUUAACAGUGAAUAAUACCUAUGUAAAUUUGUCCAUGCUGUCUCAGAGUCAGCAUGGAUGCUGGCAAGGCAAUUAUUGGGGCCCUAUCCUAGUUUAAACUGGUAAAGGGGAUGAAAAAUAAAAUGUAUUAGGUUGUAUAAUAGAAGCAUUUCAAAUGUUGGGUCUUUAAAAUGUUUUAUUUAGUCUUAGAAGACUUUCAACUUGUUAUAUCAAAAUUCUACUAGUCCACUGUGGAAACCAUACAUUUCAUCUGGAAUUAAUGUUAAAUUGAGAUCAUCCUUUAAAGAAAAAUACACUGUGUAUUUUUUUAGCUUUUGAUGUUGACAAAAUGCACAUAGUUGAAUUUUAAAAGUUUAACUGACAAUCCGGAGCUUUUGUGGCCCACCACCAAUGCAUAUAUUUUAUUAUAUAUGUGUUGGUUAAACUCUAUUGCUAAAUUGAAAUUAUUAAUCUUUUAAGUGUGAUAGUAAUAACAAUGGUUUGCAUGAAUUAUCUGUAAGCCAGCUUCAUGCUGUUUAAAAAUAUAUUUUGAAAUUUAUAGGUCAUAUAGUAUUGAUUUGUAAAAAGAUUUAACUUAUUGCAAAGCAAUUAGUAUAUGGUUUCAAAGCUCAUCAUGUGUACAGCAAAGGCUGUUCCACUAAAGUGAUUUAAAAUGGAGAAAACUAAUGAUACAAGGGCCAAACAUCUUAUAAAAUGCACCUAUUUAUAGAUUUGUUUUACUAUAGGGAGGCUGGUGAACACACUGAAUAAGAAUUACCUCAGUUCUGCAGCUUUCUAUGUCUUUUUAAUGCAUUCUGUUUCAGGGUCACUUUCAAUCAAUAUUUCAUUUACUUACUGAGAUUGAAUAGGCGCUCUGAGACACAGUGUGCUGUUUAUCAUACAGAUUGGACACCUCAUUCUAGAUCCAAGAUCUUUUCCUCAACGCUGGGAGCUGUCCUUUCAGCACCACAAAUUACUGCUUGAAGUUGCAUUGCAGUUUUUUUUUUUUAAUUUUGUUUUGUUUUGUUUUUCUUUUAUCACCUGGAGCUUUUCUUUCAGCACCACAACAUUGCACUUAGACUUUUUAAAUGGCUGCCUUCCUCUUUGCACUGAAGACCUAUUUCGUCUGCACUUCCAGUUAUUGCUAUUACCUGUAGGACUUUCAAUCCUAUUCCACCCACCACCACCACCACUUCACCCCUUUCUACAAACAGUUUAAAUCUAUAUAUUUCCGUGGAAGUCAUUUUUCUCAUUGAAUGAUCAGAAACAAAGAUAAAUUCUAACCUUUAACGGCUCAUUCCGACUCAUUGCUUACAGUAGAUCUAAGCUCUUUUUUCUGCUUAUUCGACUCCUUCCAGCUUCCCAUCACAUCCGUAACAAACUUUUAAAAUAUUGCCACACCACCAUGCACAAGCCUACCUGCACAGUAGAGAUAGAUUAUUCCAUCACAUUCAGAUGGUUAACAGAGGUUAGCAAGUCCUGUAUUUAUAUACUAUAUAUUUAUAUCGCUUUCUAAGAAAGUGCAUAUUAAUGUUUACUUUAAAGAAUGUGUAAAUGGUGCUAUCAAGAAAUCUGAUAAAUUUUAUCCCAGUUUUGUGUACCAGUUCAAAUGUAUGAGAUUUAUUUUUCUAUUGGAAAAAAUAAACAGUCUUGAAGCAUUACAAUUGGUAGAUUUUAGUAAUUUAACAGUGAAUGUAAUCCCUAUGUCACAGUUUCAUUGGGCAUUUUCAUGAUGGGUCACACAAAUUACAGCACAUAUUCUGACAAUUAUUGCACAUUUUGUAAUGAACAUUCCCCUUAAGAUUUUGCCUAAUUCAGAGUAUUUACAAAAUCAAGAACCUAAUAAAUCUGAGACAAACAUGCUUGAAGAAAAGCUAUAUUAAUACAAAAAGUAUUAUUCACUUACAGUGUCUGGUGGUUCUUCAAAUGGGCAAAAACAGUUUUAACUGAAUGCAUAUGAUGCAUAUAAUUCCAUAUUUCUUAUAUACUGCAUGUUUUGUUUAAUUCUUCACAAGGAGGAAAGUCAGUUUAGCCUUAAUUAUCUAAAAGUUUUCCUCCUUGAAUAUAUUUGUUUGCUUCAUAGCAUUAAUAUGCAUAGUUAGCUGCAGUUGUAUGUCAGAGCCAUUUAAACAAUUGGUAAGUAUUAUCAACAUUUAAAGAUUCUCAGCAGAGCAUCUAACAUUCAGCUCAUUCAAAAUUCAUGGUACCUAAAGUAUUAAACACCAAAAAUCAUACAUUACCCAAGUCUGGCCACAUAUUCCAGUGUCAUAAUAUGAGAUUACUGCAUACUAAAAAUACAGAUCAAAAUAGUUAAGCAAAAAAAAAAAGACCAUGUUCCAGAAGUAUGGGUAUAAAAAUAUUAGUUAAUUUCAGUAUUUAGAAAUAGAAAAUAUCCAGCCAUGUGUAUUUUUUUAAAAUAAAUAACUUUAUAUCAUCCCAUUAAAAAGACAGGUGUCCUCCUGUUACAAUGGGGAUCUCUAGAUGAUGUUAAAUGUUAAUGUCUAGACCUUUUAAUAAAUUUAAAUGAAUCUGAAACAUAUAGCAAUCUAUUUUGAGAGAAUUCUGGGGAAAUGACUAUUUGUAUUGUUUUAUAAAUACACACAUGUUUAUUUUUUAUUUAAAUUAUAUAGAAUUUGUAAUAUGAGUAUAUAAUACUUGUUUUCACUUUUCAGUUUUAUGGGAGAAACUAGUGAUUCAUUGUAAUUCAUUAUCUCUUUUGGAUGCUGGUGCUCCAACAUGUGCAUGUAAUACCCUUUUUAAAAAUGGCUCCCUUUCCCAUUCUGUAAAUUAGGAAAAUUAAUCUUGGAUGCACAUUUUAUAGCUUAUAGAUAUGCUACUGUAAUUAAAGGGGAAGGUCAUGUAGGAAAGUGCCUACAAUUUUUUUAGGAUUUAUAUGAGCCAAGAAUCACAGUACCUCUCACAUAAAAUGAAUAUUGAAAUAUGGUAUAUGUUCAUAUAUGCUUAAAGGAAUCAAAAUAUGUAUUAUUCUUCAACAUUUCAAUUGAACAGAGUUGCUCUGGAAUACAGAAUGAGGAAGUAUUCUACUUCAUUGGGAAUCUAGGGUAACAAAAAUAUGCUCACAUUUUCUAUCACCUAUGUUUUCCCUUUGCUGAAAAUAAUAAUUAGGAUAAAUUAUUUAGAUAUUCCAGUAAUAGGUUAUAAUUGCACAUGGUUUGUUAACAUGAUGCAAAGUCUGCAGAGAUAACUAACCAGAAGGUAAUAAACCAUAGAAAGCAAAACAAGUACUGUAAAUUAAAAUUACACUCAGUGUCAAGAGGGCAUUGUGCAAUAUAAUCCCUGUUUGUAGUAAAAUAUUACUAUAAAAUAAUCUUGCUAUUUUUCUAUAUCAUGAUACUAAUAAUCAUUGUAUUUCUUCUUUAACAUGCAAUGUUGAAGUGUUGCAAUUUUAAACCAUGUUUAUGUUAUGAAAUGCAACUAAGGUUAAUAUUUGCCAUUUGCUUGAGAAGAAAAAAAAUUAAAUGUGUAUGAUGGUAGCAGGACCUUGUGGCACUUUUAAACAGUGAUCAUUUGUAUGAAACUACAUAUAUUAAAAUAUUUCAUACUGAUGUUGCUUGUAUUAACUGUUCUCUUUUUUUUCUUUUCUUUUUUUCCUUUUUUACACAGGAAAAAAGCAUUCUAAGUAAUCUAAUGGUUGCUAUUCUAAAUGAACAACCUAAUCUUACAAAGAUGCACAGAUGUCAUGAAAUCUGCUCAGUAUAUAACUGAACAGAUAUAUCAUAUUUAUAACCUCCCAAAGAGAUUUUGCAUAGUCAGCAGUUAAAAGGAAUAGGCUUUCCUGAGAUCCUGUAACAUCAGGCGUGUAAUUAUAUGAGUGACAAAGACUAUGCUGCAUCUUACAUGUCAAUGAGUGAGUUUCUCAUCCGCUUUAAGAAGAACAUGUUUACAGUUCAUUAUCUGGGUUUUAGUUCUUUUUCUAAAAUUAACUGUAAACAAUAUUUAUGGUAUACCUCCAUGCAAUUAAGCAGUGAAACUGUGUGACAUAUUAGAAAAUGCAAAUGCCCAACUGAAUUGGAAAAUGAGUUUUUGAUUAUUUUCUGUAUUCUCACUUUAAAUUGUACGAUUUUUGGCAGAACUAAGUAAGCAGAUUCAAAUCACUGGGCGAGAUUUUCACUCAAAGACCAUUUGUUGUUAUUCAACAGAAUGAAUGCUACUUCACAUUAAUUAUGCUUCAUGUAAGGAACAUCUUCCGUUAUUCUCAAAUAAAUAUUCAACAUGGAAUACAACAUUACCAUAUGUAUAAAUGAAACAAUCCCUGUACAAAGACCUUCAGACUGGAGUCCAGAUGUCUUAUAUGCCCUUUAAUAUUAAGAGAUCUAAAACGUCAAGGAUAGUAAUGUAAAGGUAACUAACAACUAAAAUUAUUUUUAAAUGAAAAAAAUGAAGAACUGUAGGGUGCAAUCUUCUUUUCUCCUAGCAGUCCCACAGCUCCUAAAAUUUUUCAUUGAAUACAAAUGUUGAAAUAAAUCUAAGGUAGCCCUAUGGCAAAAUAGGUGGAAAAUAAAUGUAAUAAUAAUGAUAAUAAACAGUUGUUGAAUAAAGUGGGGGGAGAGAAAGUUAUCUUGAAUUCAGACAGAGAUAGCAAGAGGAACAUUGUUUAAGAACAGUGUGUCCUUAAUCCCCAAUUCUAAUCCAUGCUGAAGAGUUUCCUAUCCCACAUUAACAGAAGGUUCUUGGGUUGUUGGUAGAAGGAAUGGAGAAGCCAGCUUCAUGAAAAUUAUAUCUGCAGUGUGAUGCCAAAGACUUAUGUCAUUAGUCAUCACAAAGUGUACAUUCUAAUUUGACCUUAAUGAAGAGGUACAUGUAAUCACUGUUGAGUUGGCAAGUGGUAUAAGAUUUCAUGCAUGCCAGACUGUUUUGUUCUAUAAACUGAUUUCUCUUGAUUUCCAUUUCUAUGCAAAAAGGCUUCAAUCCUUCAAGUAUUUGUUUCUGAAUGGCCUGUUUCAAAAGGACUUAUCUGAAAGUAAGAAAAUGUUAAGAGGUUUAUUUUUAAAAAAAAUGUUUUUAAUGCAGUCAAAUUAUUUUUAAUUGCUAUCAACUUGCUGGACAAGUAGUGACUUCCCAUUGCCUGCUUUCUAAGGCUGUGAGAGAGUGACUAGCCUUCAUCCAGCUAGGAAUACAGCAUAUGGUCUUCCAACUUCUAGCCUACCACUUUAAACCUCUACACCUAAAUGGCUUUCUUAAGAAUGUUAGCAGAGUUUAUAAUAAUAAUUGUGAAUAGUGAAUAGGAGCAGCAUGGUGGCCUAGUGUUGAAGAUGCUUCCUUCCCACUUGAAAGGUUGAGAGUUCAAGCCUAGGUAGCAGCAGAUGUUUCUCCUAAAGUGCGAAGAAAAAAAAAUCUGCUGUGAACUCCACGUUGCAUCAGGAAGGGCAUCCGACCACUAGACACUCAACUCCAUCCGGUUACCGCAACUCUACCCCAAUUUAAGGGAUUACAGGAAGAUGAAUAGGGGAGAUGUAUAAUAAACAUAGAUAUAGAAAUUAACCCAGUAAAAUCCUUAACACAAUUGGGUAAUAUGAGAUAUGUAAUCAAAGUUAUUCUUGAAAUAAGACCUGAAUUAAAUGACAAUAUAUCACCAAACAGAUAUUAUGACAGUUUUCCAUCUUCAAUUAUCUACAUGUAAACCAAAUAUUGUAAUCAUCAGUGAAGGAGAAGAAAAAAGGUUUCCUUGGCUAUUUUACUGCACUUUUCCAGCAGCCAUGAAAGUCAUAUUUAUCACAAAAAUCAGAAAAUUAAAACUAGACUUAUGUCUGGAUGAUAUAUCUGUUGCUUAUUAACUGGAAAAUGCUUUAUAAAAUAAGUUGUCUUAUUUUGAUCUCAUAUAUGUAUUAAAAAAACUGAAAAGGUUAAUACUAUUCUUUAAAAAGAUCUGCAAAUUGCAUUGUGCCAAGCUCACUUUAAGGGUCCAUGCUUCUUUGUUAUUCCAUUCUAAUAGAUGUUCUCAGGUCAGUGAAUUUCAAUUCUCACACAAAAUGAUAUAAAUAAUAUUGUUAUCCAAUAUGUGUAAGUCAUUGAAUGUACUGUUUUAAUAUUUCUGAAUGAUAGAAAUGUUAGUAAAUGUCAAUGAAAUGAAAUAAUAUCAAAGAUCGUCAUUUGCUCAUUUUAAUAUUGUAAUUGGUGUUAUAUAUAUCUGCCAAUCUAUUUCAUUGGAAACUUAAGAUGGAACAAUUAAUAAGGUUUGUUAAUUUUAAAUUGUGCUUUUUUAUAAUUCAUAAGAGGGACAUGGUGGCUCAGUGGCUAAGAUGCUGAGCUUGUUGAUCGAAAGGUCAGCAGUUCAGCGGUUCGAAUCUUUAGUGCUGCAUAAUGGGGUGAGCUCUCAUUACUUGUCCCAGCUUCUGCCAACCCAGCAGUUCGAAAGCACAUAAAAAAUGCAAGUAGAAAAAUAGGGACCUUUGGUGGGAAGGUAACAGCAUUCCGUGCGUCUUUGGCGUUUAGUCAUGCCGGCCACAUGACCAUGGAGACAUCUUCGGACAGAGCUGGCUCUUCAGCUUUGAAACGGAGAUGAGCACCACCCACUAGAGUCAGGAACGACUAGCAUAUAUGUGCAGGGAGAACCUUUACCCUUACCUAUAAUUCAUAAGAAUAAUAAAUUGCUUACAAAGGCAGCUUUAGUCAGUUAUUUGGCAUAAGAAAAUUGAUUCAAAAAAGACAGUUGAUUCCUCAGGAGCAAAACAAUCAGUUUUUGGUUUUGGGUUGUUGUUUUUUAAAAAAAAGUUAUUAAUAUCUUAUCAUUAAAUUAGAUAAUGCAUUCCAAUUGAAUCAAUUCAGACUAUAUUAAACUGAGAAGAAACUUUAGUAGCUCUGAUUUUUAUCCUCUAGAAGUUUGGACACCUGAAGAUAGUCUAGAUCAAGCUGAAUCAUCCCAUAAUUCUGCAAGAAUUCUCUACAACAUCUUUAAUAUUCUAACUACAAAAUAAUCCUAAAUAUAUUUAUGAUUCAAUAAGUUUAAUCUUGGGAUGUACAAUUUUAUUGAUUAUUAGUGCACAAACAGUGAUUCCAGGAAGACCUGCUAAUUUUAAGGAGCUGAAUGCAAACACACAAUUAUGUCACCUUUUCAAAAACCCACAUGAUCUGAUGAAUAUGCAUCACUGCCUUAGUCCUACCAAGUGAAUUGACAGGAAAGUAAUUUGAAAGAUUCAAAAUAUGAUCUUAAUGCCCCUGAAAUGGACUGCCAAUCCAGAAACUAUAAUAUAAUAAAUAAAUAAUAGAUAGCUAUAAUAAAGACCUGAAAACUUUAACAUGGAUGAUAACCAUCAUUCAUGUUAAAGGCAUAUCCUUUCUUUUCCCCAUUGAAAUGUAAGUUCAUUAUACUUAUUUUUACAAAUGUUAUUUCCACUUCAAUCAUUCUUAUCUGUAAAUAAUUUUACAAAAUGGUUUUUAUGUAUAUUAGGGUUUCCUUGAACAUAACUAUUAAUUAAUGGAUGAUUGUUUUCAAGAAAAAAAUAAAACUUUGGCUAAGUUGAAAGGAAAGAUACUUUUUCAACCAAACAUAAUUUGUAUAAUCCAUUGUUUUAUAAUUUUUAUUAUUAUAAAUUUUGUUUAGAAGCAGCUACUUUAAAAUUGUUGCCCACAGGUGGAAUAAAAGUAAUUUUGAUGCUACUAUCAAAUGUACAAGGAUAUGGGAAGAAAUGUUGUCCAAUUUCUAUGUGAAUUAAUACAUAGAAUGGGAUAUAUAGGAAUGGAAUCUUUUCUGCAUCCGCACCGAUACAUGCAGGUCCUAUUAAAAUAACUAGGAACUUUGCUUAAUAUACAUUAUUAUUUUGAAACUAACUGAGAGUUUCCCCUUCAGAAUGGGAUUUGAUCAGUACAGUUGAGAUUUUUUCUAUAUAGAAUAGAAUAACAGAGUUGGAAGGGACCUUGGAGGCCCCUUCCUUGCUUAGGCAGGAAACCCUACACCACUUCAGACAAAUGGUUAUCCAACAUCUUCUUAAAAACUUACAGUAUUGGAACAGCACAACUUCUGGAGGCAAGUUGUUCCACUGAUUAAUUGUUCUAACUGUCAGGAAAUUUCUCCUUAGUUGCUUCUCUCCUUGAUUAGUUUCCACCCAUUGCUUCUUGUCCUGCUCUCAGGUGCUUUAUAUAAGUACAGUUGAAAUGAAUAACACAGUACUAAAGCAUCGUAGUACUUUUGCAUGAGACCCAUUCAUUUUAAUAGGAUUCGCAUAGAGCAGCUUUCUAAAGAGUUGUCCUUAUAUUAUUUUUUUCUUUGGUUAAUCUAUUCUUCCAUGUCACACUUUUAAGUAUAACAAAAAAUGGCCUUUUUUGCUUGUUUACUGUAUAUCUUUAGAAGAAACAAAAGUAUUCCAACCAUAACAGAGUUGUUACAGUGGCCAUUAUGUUGAUUUGUUAUAUAUCAGUGGGUGUUAUUGGUUAAUAUGACUACAUUUGGCUUUGAUUCCUCUCUUAUAAAUUCACUGAGGUGCUGUAUUUAUGUUUGGGCAUAUUUUAACAGUUAGCUGUAUUAGAGGCUACAUAAUAACUUAAAAAAAAUAAAAAUGGGUGGAUAAACCUUACUAACUGAAACAAAAUCAGAAUGACUUCUCACAAAGUAGAUUAAAUACAUCUGACCAAGCACUUAAAAAAAAGCAGUGGACAAAAAGAAAGAAGCACAUUGAGCAGCACGUUUUAAUGCCACUGGACAUCACAAUCUCAUACUGCUAAAAUGAUAUUCCAACAAAUACACUAUUAAUUAUCCAUAUAGAAGAGAUAGGAUGCAGAAAGAAUACAGUUGGGUUUAUAUGAAUUCACAUACUAUCAAAUGUAACCCAAUGAAAUCCCAUAGUUCCAUGGCUACAGAGAGUAUUAAAGCUAUUCUGGGACUUGCAUAAUCCUAGUUAUAAAGACCAUCUGGGCCUGUGAAAAGUAGGAAUUUUCAUUCCGCUGAUUCUGUAAUUUUGUACUAAGUAGGUAAUGCUGUAACAAAGAUAACAAUUUCUAAUGAACUACAAGAAUGUCUUCUGUCUUCAAAACUGGUUCAAAUGCGACCUGAGUUAUUCAUGAGAUGGUGUUUAAAUUCUGUGAGGAGCAUCUGCAGUUAACAGUUUACAUUUCAGUUUAAAAUAUUCAACAGAUGUCUACAUGUUGGUUUUGCAGAUUCUGAAUGCUCACUUUGGGAUUAGUAAAUAUAUAAUUUACUAUGAUAUGUGGUGUUCUUGUGCCUUCUCCAUUUGUUCCUCUUUCAGAUAUAUGUUCUGUUUGACCUAUUUUAAUCAUUUUCUCAAUGUUUUCUAAUUUGAAAAAAAUGUAAGUUAAUCUGAAAAUAUAUAUAUAUAUAUAUUUGUUUUCUGAGGUUUUCACGGGUGUUUGUAUGUAGGUCUUUGGUUGUUCGGGUUUU